AAAGCUAGUCUGACGUCUUGCACAACCUGUGAUUUUCAUAAAGGGGCUGGUGCACUGUAGGACCAGGAAUAAUGAAGGAGCAGGCAGCAACAAGACAGAGGACCAGGGAUCUCAUUUAGAUUAGACGACUGAGUUCCUGACAUUCUCCAGGGGGAAAAAAAGUCAUUGCUUUAAAUCUGAUAUCAGAAAAAGGAGAAAAUGAGUGCAGCUAAUAACAUCACGACUAAUGUACCAGAUGUCACUGUUCAUCCAACUAAUACAACCCAAGUCACCACAACUACAAGUGGGAACUUUAUUGACAAUAUAAUUAAUAAAAUUCCAUUACCAAAAUGGGCCUUGAUUGCCAUCUGUGCCGGUGUGGGUCUUGUUAUCCUCAUCUGUGUCAUCUGUAUCUGCGUGAAAUGUUGUUGCAAGAAGAAGAAGAAAAAGAAAAAGAAAGAGCAACUUAACCUGGAAAGUCUGAAUGGCUCCAUCACCACAAAUCUGGUGCAGCCCGAUUUGGAUGAUUUGGAUGGAACGUUAGAAAAUUAUGGAAAAUUGCAAUAUUCCUUGUAUUAUGAUACGAAGAAUGAAACGCUUACUGUUGGAGUGAUCCAGGCAGCGGACCUAAAGGCGAUGGACUUUGGAGGGACAUCUGAUCCUUACGUAACUGUGUAUCUUGUCCCAGAAGCCACACAGAAAUUUGAAACAAAGGUGUUUCGAAAAACACUGAAUCCAUCGUUUAAAGAACAAUUCACAUUCAAGGUCAGCCAAGCUGAGAUAUCGGACAAAACCAUGGUGAUGAAAGUGUAUGACUUCAACCGAUUUUCCAAACAUGACAUAAUUGGUGAAGUGCGAAUCCCACUACAAACUGUCAACCUCAACCAUGCACUGGAGGAAUGGCACGAGUUAACCAAGGCUCUGAAGGAUGAGGAAGAGCAUCUCGGUGAUAUUUGCUUUUCGCUUCGCUAUGUCCCUACUUCAAACAAGCUGCACGUAAUCAUUCUGGAAGCCAAGAAUCUGAAGACAAUGGAUAAAGGAGGUUCAUCCGAUCCCUAUGUGAAGAUUCGCUUGAUUCUCAAUAAUAAAAAACUCAAGAAGAAGUCAACAACAGUUAAAAAGAACACCCUGAAUCCAUAUUUCAAUGAGCCUUUUAUGUUUGAUGUGAAUUUUGAAGAAAUACAGAAAGUGAAGCUGGUGAUCUCCAUAUGGGAUCAUGAUAAGAUGUCAAAGAACGAUGCCAUUGGAAGACUAUUUCUCGGUUGUGGCGCCACUGGAAAUCAGUUACGACAUUGGUCUGACAUGCUGGCCAACCCCAGGCGGCCAAUAGCGCAGUGGCACGUUCUCCAAAGCAAAGACGAAGUGGACAAGGCGCUCAAGGAGCUUAAAGCAAGUUCUCAUAAAAAAGGCAAAGGCCGUUGAAGCAGGAGCACACUCCCAUGAGGCAGAAGACCGAGAGAUGAUCUGCUUCAGAUAGAUCUCUUCAUCCACACACUGGACAACAUCUGCCGUUCAAGGAGCUGCACCAAAUUGGAGGAGCUCGAACAUUUUGUUUCUCAAACAAAGUCAAUGUACAAAGCAGAAUAUAUUUAUGGAAGAAUUACCGCACCGACAGCUUUGUGAUCCGGGUUGCAAUUGUAAAGUUGAUCCUCGUAUACAUUGGAGUUCAGGGCAGCCCAGAUACAUUGCAGAGUUGGGAUAUCCAAUGGGGAAAACUGACCACAUCGAAAAUAAAUGAACCAUAAUGAUAUAUCCUGAAUAAUUGUCAACAUUACUAUAAUUGUUGUACUAA